GUGCGGCGUUGCGGAUCAUUACCAAUUGGGCGGGUAUCAUCCGAACCAAAUUCCAGAACCCAAUUAACUCUCCCAACAACUGCACAGCGCGAAGACGAAGAAGAAGAAGAAGAGCAUGAGCAAGGAUAAACAGUUCGAAUUCUGCCUAGUUUGCAAGCUCAAUCACAACCAAGCACGCCGCCAUAACUUCCUCCCUAACCACAAGAAAUCCCUCGCAGCAGUUCUCUCCCGCUUCCAAUCAAAGCUCUCCGAUAUCCGUUUCUUCCUUCGAAACCCUAUCCCUUUGCGUCCUGAGCACGCUUCGCUUAAUCGCCUUUGGUGUCUCUUUUGCGAGUGUGAUAUUCGUGAACACGACAGCUUCUACGCUAGCGACAAUGCGAUUAGGCAUUUGGCUAGUGCGGAUCAUUUGAAGAGAGUGAAAGGUUUUUUGUGGAAGUACGGUGGUGGAAUGGACAAGGUUGAUAUUCUUCGGAUUACUGAGGCUGACUUCGCUAAGUGGGAGAAGAAGUGCAAUCUAUUGAAGAAGGGAGCUCUUGAUGGAGGAUCUCGUUCGACGUCAAUUGGGCCAUCUAAUGAUAUCCAAAAUAAAACGAACUCUGACUAUCUAAAUUGUUUUGAAAAAGAUAAUAUUCAUGCUCUUAACGUUGGUGUUUCAAAUAGUGUUGUACCUUUACAAAAUUACACGAAUGAGAGAUCACAGAUAUCUGAAAACGAAAUGCGUAGUGUUACAAAUGGCCCUAAUUUGCGCGGUCCGUGCAUGGGCGGUCAACUCAGUGAAGAUGCUUGUUCCUCCAAUGGCCUGUCAAAUGCCCAAAAGUGCUUGGGGUUUCAUGCCACAACAACUUCUCACCAAUGUCUUAAUGGCGGUUCUGUAACCCCGGAUGGAAGAAUGAUGAAAGGGAAGAAAAGUUCUCUGGGUAUUGAUCUCUCGACUUUCUACAUAAUUUUUCAUUGUCCACCAAACAUUACACAGAUAUCUUUAACAUUUCAAGAAAGUUCCCUUGGUAAUGUUCAUUCUGGAGCACCUCCCCCGUGGUUCAAUGCGACUGAACAAAGUCAGCUAGAUUUUACAUCAAAUCCUGGACGGAGUGACCUUCUUCCCCUUUCCAAUCAGAAGAAGUCGAAACUAAACCCAAAUCGGGUUGGUGCUGCUUGGGCAGAGAGAAGAAAAGUUGAGCUGGAGUUGGAGAGUAAAGGGGAGCGUGUGGCUAACACUUUUGAUGUGAAUUGGCUCCCCAAUUUUGGCAGAAUUUGGCAAUCAGGUACUAGGAAGGAAUCUAGAAAAGCAUUUCAGCUGGAGAAUCACAAAUCUGCCAAGGUUGAAAGUCAGUCUGAGAGUAUGGUGCAGUUACAACCUUAUGUCAGCAAGAGAAAGCGCAAAGAUCCUGUUGAUGAUGAGCUUGACUGACCUAACAACUUCCGUAUGGUGACCAAAUUAUGAAAAUUCAUCUGUACAUUCUUCUUGAUUUUCUCUCCCCAGCAACUAUCAUAUUUGAUACUCGUUAGGUUUUCCCAUUUGGUAUGAAGUUGGGGCAACUAGAUUAUACUAAGCUUUCAUGGUCAAGUUAUUAAAAACUGUAGAUUGUUUGUUAUGUUAAUUUUUCUUGAGGAGCUCUUAGGUCUUUUGUGUUGGUUCUCUGAAAUUGUUCGGCAAAGGUGUUAGCGCCCACAUGAUGUAUUCCUAUUUUCUUGUAUUAGCUCGCCUUUAAUUGGCUCAAAGCUCCACUUGUAUUCCUAUUUUUUUGUUUUUGUUUUUUUGGCUUGGAGGUCUCGUGCUUGUAAAUAAUUGCGGAUGAAUAUUGAAGGUGACACUUCUGAUUUUGAUA